AUGACAGAUCUCUUUCGCGUCCUGCCGCACUUCCCCGAUGGCCCGUUUGCGCAUCUCAUUACGGCCCUCGAAAGGCAUGGAGUGACGACCGCUGACCUACUCUCCCUGGACAUCGCCGACAUUGGGAAACGGACACAGCUUCCGUUGUUGGACGUUUCCAGACUCUCCAAUGCAGUAGUCGCUGCUCUGCACCGAGACCUGGGCGUCUCGAGGGUUCCAGCAGCGUCACCUUCACCUCUCAAGCGCACCUUGGAGGAACUGACUAAUCGACCUUUGGUCAUUAGCACCCUCGACGACGACUUGGAUAGGGCUUUGGGCGGCGGCAUCCCCACGGGCUACGUGACGGAAAUCGCGGGCGAGAGCGGCGUUGGCAAGACCCAGUUUCUUCUGUCUCUCAUGCUCGCGGUUCAGCUCCCUUCGCCCCAUGGCCUGGGCCGACGUGCCCUCUACAUCUCUACCGAAGCACCCCUUUCUACCACUAGACUCAGGCAGAUCCUAGCAUCCAAUCCUCUGCUUUCGGGUCUUUCCGAAGAGGAGCGCCCCACGACAGAUGCCAUCAUCGUGGGCAGUGUCGCUGACCUCGAGUCGCAGGAGCACAUACUCCGCUUCCAGGUUCCCGUCGAAGUCGAACGCAGCAACAUCGGGCUUCUUGUUCUGGACUCCGUCGCCGCGAACUAUCGCGCUGAAUUUGAACGUGGCGUGACUAAGAACCAUGGGUCCAACAUGGGAGCCCGUUCCAACGAGCUCAUAAGGCUGGGCGCUCUCCUACGAGAUCUGGCCCAAAAGUACAACCUUGCCGUUGUUGUGGCUAACCAGGUCGGCGACCGCUUCUCGAGUCCGCUUGUUCCCAGAUCAUCCCGCAUGGCACCACCCCGCAGCAGUUAUCUGGGUAGGAUGACGCAGGAGAGCCCCCUGGCUUCGAGAAGCAAAGGCCGGCCGCCAGCCGUACCCGAAAUGCUUGAGCCGCCGUCCUCGAUAGCUGAAGCCUUCCGGUCCAGCAUGCCUGAGCCACCAAGGUUUGAUGACCCGGGGCCUCUGGCAUUGCCUACUCUUGAGUUGGACCACCAGCAGAGGUGGUUUACCGGGUGGGGCGAUGAUCCUCUCGCCGACUAUAGUCUUAAGACACCGAGUCUGGGGUUGGUGUGGUCGACGCAGAUUGCCUGUCGCAUAGCCUUAUUCAAGCGUGCUGUUUAUGGAAUGCAGGAGUAUGCUGGCGAUGAAGAGGAUGGGAGCCUGCCGUCAUCGACAAGUUGGCGGCGCUGGAUGAAGGUUGUUUUUGCGCCGCAUGUGCAGGCGGCUGGGCAGGGUCUGGACGGAGCAGUCGAGUACACAGUUGCCAUGAGAGGGUUGCAGGCUGUUAAGAGGCAAGAUGCUGCUUGA